AUGAGUCCACCGGCCGCUCUAGAUGUCAACCUGGUGGGCGUCACAGAUACCUCGGCUGUCCCUGUUCCGGAACCCUUGACCGUCAAUGGCGUGUCUGCAUGGAGAGAGAAGGCGGCCAAGGUGCCCACCGGCGUGGCCGCAGCAUGCAACAGUGAUAUGUUUAAGAGCCCGAUCUGCUAUACCAAGCCCAAGGCUAAGCAGUUUGAGCACCGUUUCUCGCUCGAAGCCAAGUCUCGCAAGGCGUCCACUUUGAAGACUGCCGCUCGUUACCUGAAAACCCCGGGCCUUAUUUCCCUCGGUGGUGGACUGCCCUCGCCUGAAUACUUCCCCUUCGAACACUUGGAUAUCAAGGUCCCGACUCCCCCCGGAUUCUCUCCAGAGGCUACUCGGGAGUCAGGCACGGUUCUUCGCGCAGGAAAGCACGAUAUUCAGGAAGGAACUAGCACCUAUGACUUGGAGAUUGCCCUUAACUAUGGACAAGCUACCGGAGCUGCCCCAUUGCUUCGUUUUGUCACAGAGCACACCGAAAUCAUCCACAGCCCACCAUACUCCGACUGGCAAUGCACCCUGACGGCUGGCAGCACCUAUGCCUGGGACACCGCUCUCCGCGUGUUCUGCGAGCGCGGAGACUACAUCCUCAUGGAGGAAUAUACCUUCGCCAGUGCCGCUGAGACCGCCUUCCCCCUUGGCAUAAAGGUGGCGGGCAUCCCAAUGGACGAGCAAGGUCUCGUCCCGGAGGCAAUGGACAAAAUCCUCAGCGGCUGGGACGUCGCUGCCCGGGGUGCGCGCAAGCCUCACGUGCUGUACACCAUCCCAACAGGCCAGAACCCGACCGGUGCCACCCAGUCCGCGGAACGCCGUCAUGCCGUGUACAAGGUUGCACAGAAGCACGACAUCAUCAUCGUCGAGGACGAACCAUACUACUUCCUGCAGAUGCAGCCCUAUACCAGCGGGGACGCCUCCCCAGUGCCUCCUCCCUCCACCCACGCGGAGUUCAUCAAUUCACUUGUCCCCUCAUUCCUGAGCAUGGACACUGAUGGGCGUGUCGUUCGCCUCGAGUCCUUCUCCAAAGUUAUCUCGCCCGGUUCCCGGGUUGGCUGGGUCGUCGCCUCCGAGCAGAUCAUCGAGCGCUUCAUCCGUACCUUCGAGGUUUCCUCGCAGAACCCUAGCGGUAUUGCCCAGAUCGCGCUCUUCAAACUUCUCGAUGAGCACUGGGGCCACUCCGGGUACUUGGAUUGGCUGAUCAACCUGCGCAUGUCGUACACUGCUCGUCGCGACUCGCUUGUUCACGCUUCACCCGCGGCUGGCAUGUUCCACUGGAUGUCAAUCGACUGGCGCAAGCACCCCGGUAUUGCCGCUGGUAAGACACAUGCCGAUAUUGAAGAAGAGAUCUUCCUGUCCGCUGUGAACGGAGGCGUCCUCCUCUCCCGCGGCAGCUGGUUCAAGCCUGACCACGACACCGUCGAGGAGAAGAUGUUCUUCCGUGCGACCUUCGCAGCUGCUUCGUCGGAGAAGAUUGACGAAGCUAUCUCGCGCUUCGCCCAGUCUCUGCGCGCUCAGUUUGGCCUGUAA